UUUAUAAUAUGAUAUACGGUGACGAACAAUACAAACUUCUCCUGUUGUACGUCUCACAACCAUUAAAGACACUUUAUAAGAUGAGCGGUGUUGAACGAGUUAAAUGUUUGACUGAAAAACAUCUUGAAGAGCAAGUGGAACUUUUUUGUAAUACUUUACAAGACGAAAUCCUCAGUAAACCAUUGAACGAAGACUUCAAGGAAAAAUGCGUUGUUUUACUAUUAAAGGCUGACCAUGAAAGAAGUUUGGGAAAUGGAGGGCUUGUUGAAUCGAUCAUAAAGUGCUUAGGACGUGACGAAGAUUCUAGUGGUAGAAAACAUGAUCAAUGCAUUGUAGUCCUAAAACCACCUCCAAAAACAUUUUCUUUGCUAGCGAAAUCUAAAGCAGAAAAGACUUCCCCACUAAAACAAGAUGAAUAUUACAAAGACACAUCAACAAAUAAUGAAAAAGAACCCCUUCUUCCAAAACAUUCAUUAUCAAGAAAAUACAAGAACCCCAAAAAGUUAGAACAACAGAAAAAUGUUGCGACCAAAGAUACAAUCACUCCAAAAUAUGAAGUGAGCGACAACAGUGAAAAUCAUUCCUUAAAUGAAGAACACGCUGAUGACAAACAUGAACAACCAGAAAAUGUAGAAAGUCUAUCAAGCACUAGCAAGUCUUCGACUUUUUCUACUGAAGCACAAGUUUGUUGUCCAAAACAGCCACAAACCAUUAAGAAAGUGCCUAAAAAGCAAAAUUAUGUUGUCUAUGAAGAAGAUGAAGAACAACCGCUGAUUCAAGCUGAAUACAAAACAACUCAUGAGGAUGAUAAAGAACAACACAAUAAUGUUGACAACAAACAAAAGGCAAACAAUGAAAGCAACAAGAAUGAGAACUCUAAAAAUCACCCCCUUAAUAGAAGCCUCUCUAAAGUUGAAAAAGAAUCACGGAUUGAGGAAGAAAUUACAGAAGUUCCAGAUCCAUUAAAAGUCUAACAAUAUCAAAGCAACAUAGGUGACAAAAUGCUGAUGAAGUUCAUGAAGAAGGUUUUGAAGAAGGUUUUCAUGGAGAAGAUAUUCAUCAUUUAUAAAAAAAUAUCAAUAAUGCCUUUUACUAACAGAGCAAACCCUGCCAUUUUAUCUUGCAUUAUCCAUAAUUCCUUUCAUAGUCUGGCUGCU